UUUCCCCGACAGCUGGAGGCUGCGUGGGAUCCGGCGGCGGCUCCCCAGCGCGGCGGUGCGGCCUUCCCCGCCCCCUCCCUCCCUCCUCCCCCGCCCGCUUCCGCCCGGCUUAUUAUCUUCCUUAUUGACAAACAGAGCGGUCGCGGCGGCGACUCUCGGCGUGCGUUGAUAGCCAAGCCAUGGGAGACAAGAAGAGCCCCACCAGGCCGAAGCGGCAGCCGAAGCCGUCCUCGGAUGAGGGUUACUGGGACUGUAGCGUCUGCACCUUCCGGAACAGCGCCGAGGCCUUCAAGUGCAUGAUGUGCGAUGUGCGGAAGGGCACCUCCACCCGAUCCACAUUGUUUGAAGUUAUUGUGAGUGCCUCGAGGACCAAGGAACCGUUGAAAUUUCCAAUUUCAGGAAGGAAACCUCGACCUGUCUCCCAGUUGGUUGCACAGCAGGUUACUCAGCAGUUUGUGCCUCCUACACAGUCAAAGAAAGAGAAAAAAGAUAAAGUAGAAAAAGAAAAAAGUGAAAAGGAAACAACUAGCAAAAAGAAUAGCCAUAAGAAAACCAGGCCAAGAUUGAAAAAUGUGGAUCGGAGUAGUGCUCAGCAUUUGGAAGUUACUGUUGGAGAUCUGACAGUCAUUAUUACAGACUUUAAGGAGAAAACAAAGUCACCGCCUGCAUCUAGUGCUGCUUCUGCAGAUCAGCACAGUCAAAGCGGCUCUAGCUCUGAUAACACAGAGAGAGGAAUGUCCAGGUCAUCUUCACCCAGAGGAGAAGCCUCAUCAUUGAAUGGAGAAUCUCAUUAAAGUUUAUUUUCUCCAAUUUCUUAGUCACUUCUGUCCUACCAUGCAAAUACACAGAUUAUGCCAAGAGGUACCACAUUUUCAUGACAGAUACAUUCAUGCACAAUCCAUAAUUUGAGUUUUACAUAAAAUAGAAAUUUGUUAGAAUUUGUUAGAUUUUAUUGCAAUGAUGCCUACCAAACAUUUCCAGACUUAACAUUUUUGUCUCUGCAGUUAAGUGCCAUGAAAAUGUGGUUGAAUUAUUCAUUAUGCAGUGUUAUUGGUAAGUGUAUUUUCACUUUUAGUUUAGUGAAUUCUAACACAUAAUUCUUGAAUUCUCUACUAUUGGCAUGUAACGAAUUUAAAUUUUUUAUAACAUAGUGCAAGCUGCCUAAAUAUGUAUUAUUUGAGAAUUGUGAAACAGAUAGUUAUAUGUAUACAAGUCAAAGAACAACUUAACUAUUGCUGCAACAGGUUUUUCUUAAUGGUUAUCCUCUUAAAUACACCUGCUGGUACUUGGUGUGGUUAUAGGAAAAUUGUUAUUAAAUAAAGAAUUUGUAUGAACCUUUGCCAAUGUUUUUGACACGUUUUACUAAUUAUUGUUCCUGAAUUAUGUUUCUGGUUUUAUCUAUUUUUUGAGGUUUUUUUGUUUGCUUAUUUUUCAAAACAUUCAUUUAUUGUAAUGUUUACUAGCGGACUAGUAAACAAUAAAACAUUGAUUAUUUAGCUUUAUAAUUCAGGUUUAGAGCUAUUGUCAUUGAACACUGGUAUUUUCUGUAUCAUAUAAAACAUUAAAAUUCAAAUAAUUAUAAGCAUUUGGCAAAAACAAGAGAAAAGAAACUUGCCAUAUUUUACAAGCUGCAAUUUUAGAAAAGCUUUAACUUAAUGAUAGUUUUAUCACUGUUUUCUUGUCCCAAACUUAUCCAGGGCCAUAGAAGUAUGAAUCUAAUUAAAACAGAAAUGGGAAUUAUUGCACAGAAAUGGGAAAUAACUAAUUUUAAAUCAGUCUAAUUGGCCUCUUAUUAAAUACAAUAAUUCUUAUGAAAAUCAUAGUACCCUAUUUUCAGACACAGCUGCCAGUUUACACAUUUCUCAGUAUCCUGAAAGGAAAAAAGUAUAGCCCCACUUAUACUAUGUAAAAUUACCAAUAAAAUAUUUUUAUGACUACAGAUUUUGCAUUUUUGUUUACAACUAUUAAAGUGUUUUAUGUUAUAUUUAGAAUUUCAACCUAGAAACCACACAGUACUUAAAUUCUCCUGGGGUCUCCUGCUUUCUCUUAACCAUUUGCUUAAUGUAUAUCUACCUAAAGGAGACUUCUGAAUUGUAAAUGAACUUAAAAAUAGAAUAUGGAUGCAAAAUAUCACAUAAGACAUCAUGAUAACAUUUGAAGAAAAAAUAAAACUGUAGACCCUAACAGUUGUGAUAUUUGGUGGUUUCAUGUGGUAAUGUAAUUUUCUGUUUAAUUACAGUACUUUUUACAGGCACAGUGGUACUGUCUUUUUUGUAAGAUGCUAGUUGUGAAAUACAAUUAAUUGCAUACAGUAAAAGUCUGUGAUUAAAACAUUUAUAUACCUCA